AUGGAGGCUGGGGGGCCGUCCCAGGCACAGAGGUGCUGCCCAGAGGCCCUGGGGAAGCUCCUUCCUGGCCUCUGCUUCCUGGGCUGCCUGGUGACCUAUGCGCUGGUGGGUGCUGCCCUCUUCUCUGCCAUUGAGGGCCGCCCUGACACAGAAGCAAAGGAGAACGUCGAGCUGAAGAUGUUCCUGGAAGAGCUGUGCAGUAUCCUGACGUGUAACAGGACAGUGGUGGAAGGCAAGAGUAAGGACCUGCGGGAACAUCUGCAGAAGGUGAAGCCCCAGUGGUUCAAGGCACCCGAGGACUGGUCCUUCCUGAGCGCCCUCUUCUUCUGCUGCACGGUGUUCAGCACGGUGGGUUACGGCAACAUGUACCCCGUCACCAGGCUUGGCAGGUUCCUAUGCAUGCUCUACGCUCUCUUUGGUAUCCCUCUGAUGUUCCUGGUUCUCACAGACAUAGGGGACAUCCUGGCCAGCUUUUUAUCCAGGGCUUAUAAUCAGUUCCGAGCUCUCCUUUGCCACCACUGUUCUCCCACCAAGUGGUGCUCCCGCCUGCUCUGCAGGAGGCCACCUGACAGCAAGCCUGAGGAUGAAGCCAUCCCUCAGAUUGUGGUCGAUACUGAUGCUGAUGCUGAUGCUGAUGCUGAUGAGCUCCCAGACCCCCAGCCUGGCAGGAGUCCUUCAUCUCCAAGCUGCAACAUGGAGUUGUUUGAGAGACUAGUUGCACAAGAGAAACGGAACGUGCUACCACUGCCCAUUCAGGCUGUGGAGAGGAGCAGCUCCUGUCCCAAUCUGGUGCUGGGACGACUGUCCAGCUCUAUCCUCAGCAACCUGAAUGAGGUGGGCCGGCAGGUGGAGAGGCUGGACAUCCCGCUCCCCGUCAUCGCUCUAGUCAUCUUUGCCUACAUCUCCUGCGCUGCCAUCAUCCUCCCCUUCUGGGAGACACAGCUGGACUUCGAGGAUGCCUUCUACUUCUGCUUCAUCACGCUGACCACCAUCGGGUUCGGGGACAUCAUGCUUGUUCAUCCUCAUUUCUUCCUCUUUUUCUCCAUUUAUAUUAUCAUCGGCAUGGAGAUUGUGUGCAUUGCCUUCAAACUGAUGCAGAACAGGUUCCUGCACCUCUACAAAAACCUCAUGCUGUUUUUUGCAAAAGGCAAGUUUUACUUUGCUAAAAAGUGA